AGCCAUCUGAGUGAAAGCUGUCACAAGCUGAGUCGUCUCAAUGGGCGGAAAGCAGUGCGUCGCCAACGGCGGGGCGCCGUUUCGCGCUAAAAUAGUCAUCAACAACCUGACGAAGGACUUAACGCUCAAGGAGCCAGGGACGUGCCAUUGCCGCAAAGACGGGUGCGAAAGGAAUCACCACAAAGGCUUGCACAUGGAUGCCGGCAAAGUGGUGCAAGGUGAGGAACCUCCCACUGUUCUGGACCCCUUGGACAGCGGGAUGUUCGCGAUAUCGGCCCGGGAGAGCACGGCCUGCGGCCCAGACGGCGAGUUGCACUACGAUGUGUGGCGCGACGGCGUCAAGUCCGGUACGGUCACGCUCUACUUCUCGCGUGACGCGAAUUCGAGCACGCGCUCGCAGAACAGCAGGGUCAGCGGGUGCGUGAACAACGGCGAGUACGAGUUGUUUGGCGACUUCCCUCCGGACACUACGGAUUGCACUUUCACACUUCGAAAACGCAAGGUCGAGGUCCGCCUGCGUGGGCAGCUGAGUGCACAGUUCGGAGGCGGUAGCCUGGACAUGACUGUUCCCAUCGAGGACAUUCUGAAGCUCCCUGAGUUGCAAAGGCUGUUGGAAGGGAUGGACCAGAUGGGGGCCCAAGCGGACAAGCUGACGGAGGUCGUCAAAAAGCUGCAGGAGGAAGGCAUCAAGUUCGAUUUUGUGUCCGCCAACAAGCCCAGUUGGUGGCCUUUCUGAAGCACAAAGGUUUGAUGCUGAAACUUUCUUGCAGUGUUGCUACGCUUGUUUCGAUUUCGGCUUUCGUGCCUGCGCCAGUGUUGCAGCACGCAAAAUAUUUUUUUUUUUACGGGUGCAGCCUAUGCCAGUUUCAGUUUCGGCUUUGGCUCCCAUGCAGGCCCCUCGUUGGACAUGGCUUUGCCAACUCCAAUCUUGCGGCC